AUGUCACUGAAAAUUUUUGAAGCUAUGAAUAUUUUAUUCGGAAUUGUCGCAGUCGCAUUCGCAUUCGCAUUCGUAUUCGUAUCCACUGGGGCACAACGAGGCGGUAGCAAAGCGCUGGGACAAGGCGUAUUUUAUCCGCUGAAUAUGUCCAGUUCCUAUGAUGGAAAUUUAACGAAUUUCGAAUGGAAUGUGUUGAAAUAUAUGAUACAUCCAAAGGCAGCUACUGAUAUGAUUUUUGAGGCUUCUAAAAUAGGAUUUAAUAAAUUUAUGAAGAACCGGGACACCUACAUCUAUUUGCCAGCUUUGAUCGGCGUGAUAUCGGCGUUUUUAACCGUAUUAUUAAUAGUUCUUCUGAAGUCCAUUUUCAAGCGCUCUCAUUCACUAUUGCGCCUGAUCGGAAUCAAGCAAACAAGUAAGCAGCUGGGUGCCAAAGCGGAUGAUAAAGCGAUGCUCAUCCAGAAUAAAAAUUUGGAUCACAGUAUGGAUAAAGUACUCGUGUAA